AUGGAGAGCAACCAAUCCGCUGCGCGCGCAGCCAAGCGCUUUCUCGACGAGCGCAUACGCACCGACUGGGCGUAUCCUGAAAUCCCACCGCCUUGGGAGCAAAGCGACGAGGAAGUUCGCAAUGCGGUCGACUUCCGCGAGCGCUACUAUGGAGAGAGCGACAGCAGUGACUCGGACAUUGAACCGUCCACCGGCGCGAGCAAAGAGCUAGAGCACGAUGCAUACAAGUUUGACAGCCCGGACGCGAUUGGUGACGCGGUCGACCGCACGCGGGAGAAGAGGAGGAAGCGCAGACGGAUGCGACUGGAGGAGGAAAUGGCCGAGAAUGAAGGGCUUCGCAUCUGGGUAGAGCAACGAGACGCGUGGACCGGCGCUGCCAGUGUGCGCAAGUACGGUGCUCCCUCCGCUUUCUCGAAACCAAACCCUCCUGCUACGAUCUCACCACACGACUCCGGCAACGGCGUAGAGGCAACCAUGCAAGUCGAUGUCACGCCACAAAUCUCAAACGGCGCAUCGCAAGACACCUUCGACAUUUGCCCCGUCGCCCCCCGCUUACUCAACGACAACAUGAUCCGCGCCUCGAUAACGCCCAAAGUCUACUCGGACAUCUACGCCAAAAUCGUCUCGUCCUCGCGCACACCGUCUGUGCCCAUCAAUCUCUCCGACAUGACAAAAGCACUGGUCCAAGGGUGGAAAGACACAAACGAGUGGCCGCCUAAGAUAGGCGCGAUUGAUCCUUUGCCAGGAAAAAAGAGGGGCAUCGCAGGAAUGCUGGGCGGCGAGCGAGAAGGGCUCAGGAGGGGGGAGGGGGGAUUCAUCCACAGACAUAAGCACUUGGAGAAGGGUGUGGGCAGUUUCAAGAAGAUCUUGCACUUGAAUGGGAAUAAUGGCAGCGGAGAGGGAGCGAAAGAGGGCUGA